AUGAUUCAAACAAAGGGUCGACGUGGUUCAAAGCCUUUUUGUUCCUCGUCGGUUUUUUGGCUCAUCUUCAUCUCGGUGGCCACUCUCUUCUUUUCCAUUCCCUUUUUCUACUUGAUUGCUACCAUUCCGCAUCUCAUUGCCAUUUGUAAUUCGUUGUUUGCGUUUGUGGUCUUGUCGUUGGUUGGAUUUUUGUUGAUUUUAGCAUUAUGGGUGGCAAUCAUGUUGAGAGAUGCUCGAAAACAACGUAAAUCAAACACUGCUCCAUAUUUAGCGGUUCAUCGUAAUGGAGUCGAUGAUGAAUUUGCUGAAUUGAAUAAUGACUCUGAGGAUGACUCUGACGACCAUUAUGAAAAUUAUAAUCAAGAUGGAGAUGGGAUCAGUGACGAACAAAGUUUAAUUUCAGUCGGAAAUCGAGGCGUCCCUCAAAAUGUCGAAUCUUCGUCUUCCGCUCAACAAGAGCAACAAUCAAAUGCAGCUGCGUCACUUAUUGAAGAAACUCGUAGAAAUCAAGCAUAUCAACAAACAACGGAAUAUAUUUUGAAAUUUUUACAAUUUGGAUCAUUUUUGGUCUAUUUCAUCAUGUUGAUAGGUUUGGUGAUUUUUGCAGUUUGGAUUGGAACUACAAAAAACACAGCACAGGGAAUUACACGUGGAACAUUGAACAUGCAAAGUAUUAUCGACGAGUCAGCAUACAACCCAACCUACAAGGAGGCAUUGCCCUAUGCUUCUAAAUUCAUCGAUAGUCUCAAAAAAGGAAGCGUGAGUGUUGAGCGUGACGCAAAUGACGUGAUUCACAUUUCAGCAUCCGAUGAAUAUAGUUUGUAUUUCACACAGGGAUACAUUCAUGCUCAAGAGAGAUUGUGGCAAAUCGAUACUUUAAAACGAACAAUUCAGGGCACUUUGUCACAAACAUUUGGUGUGAAUUUACUAUUUUCUGAUCGAUUCUAUAUCACCUUGGGUCUCUAUGAGGCUGCUCAACGAGAUUAUAAAUUAUUGAAUAGCUCUGACAGGGAUAAACUAGACGCCUACGCCAAUGGUUUGAGUUUCUACGUGAAAACAAUGCCAGCAAUUCCUGUCGAGUAUCAACUCAUUGGCUACAAACCUACAGUAUUCACUGGAGCGGAUAUUUUAGCCCAUCACAAAUACUUGUCACUCACUCUCUCUGGAAAUAUUUAUUCUGAAAUUCAGAGAUACGAAUUGGAUGUAUUGGGGUUGUCAGCUGCAAGAAUUUCCAGCAUCCUUCCAAACGAGUAUCCAAAUGGAUUUCCACUCAUUACACAACCUAAAACAAAUCUCAACACAACUACUGUUACUUAUGGAGCCACUCAACAACAAUCAAACACCAAUACUUUAUGGGGUGACACAAUGCAUCAUUUGUUGGAUUUUUCCAAGACGAGCAUUUAUGGACUUGUUGAGAAAGUUCUCUCUGGUGCGAGUGAUUUGAGUGACAUUUUUUCAUCAUCUUCUACCAUUAGACAACGAUUGGCUUGGUCCGUUUUUGAUCCACAAAACAUUUUCUCGUCAUCUAUCGCCAAUAAGGGACCUUACAUGCAAGCAUCAAAUAAUUGGGUCAUUUCCGGAGACUUCACACAAGGAAAACAACCUCUCCAUGCCAAUGACAUUCAUCUUCAUUUACAAGCUCCAAAUGUUUUCCUUCUCAUGCAUUUGAAAGUGACAGGAAUUAUUCCAAUGGAAACUAUUGGCGGUUCCAUCGCUGGAUUACCAUGCAUUAUCAUUGGUAGAAAUGGAAAUGGUAUUUCAUGGUCUUUUACCAAUGCUGGUGCAGACACUAUGGAUUUGUAUGAAGUACAAGAAACAGAAGAUGGCUCUGGUUACAUUUAUAAGGGAAAAACAGUUCCAUAUACUGUUAAAUCGGUCACAUUGACUUUAAAAGAUGGAGGAAAGGCAAUAUUCAAUGUAACUUCCACACAAUUUGGACCUCUCGUAGAUACUUUGUACUCAGUUCGUAAUUUACCAAGAAAGAAACGUCUUGCUCUCCGAUAUUUGGAUACGAACAUUCAGGACACUAGUUUAUUGACAUUCUUGACCAUUCCAACCGCAAAGACUUUUGAUGAAUUCGAUAAGGCAUUUGGCAAGUUGACGGCACCUGUACUCAACGUCCUCUAUGCAGAUUCCAAUAAUAAUAUUGCCUAUACAACUGCUGGUCGAGUUCCACUUCGAACCAAACCCGAUGAAAAUUUGGGUUUGCGACCUGUCAAGACCUAUUUGACAGCUGAAGAAGAUUAUUCAUGGGAUGUUGAUCCAGAAACCAACACAUUUUUCACCUCUCCAUAUGAUGCUCUUCCAGAUUUGACUCCAACAGAGGUCAAGCAACAAAAAGCUUCUUUCAUUUUCUCUGCCAAUAACAAACCAGAUACUCCUUCAGUGAUACGACUGACCAAUGAUUAUGGCUUGCUCUAUUCAAGAUCUAUGAGAAUUCAAAGUUUAAUUUCAAAUUUAGUGACAAGUCGAACAAAUAUUACCUUACAAGACAUGACUAAUUUGCAAACAGAUAGCGUCAGUCAGUUAUUUAUCAUGAAUCGUAAUAUUUUCGAGAAGAUGAAACCAUUCAAAGAUGAAUAUCAAGAAAAAAUUCGCAAACAAUUAAUCGAUUGGAAUGGUGACAUGAUACCUGAUUCAAAACUCGCCACCAUUUUUGAAUAUUGGCUCAAAUAUAUUACCAAACUUGCUGCAAAUGAGACACAAUACGAUCAAACAAAACUUCCAUUUUCACCAAAAGAAAAUUCCUUCCCAGCCUCGCUUCGAUACUCUCUCACAGUGAUGCAACAAGAAAUUUCCAAUCCAACAGUCGUCGAUCCAAAUUGUGUGAAAUUUUCAAGUGAUAAGACUUGUAUUGGAUUUGCAAGAGAUCAAUUGCAAGCAGUUCUUUCAGUGUUGCGUUCAAAAUUUUCAUUCAUUCCAGCAUAUUCAUCGUAUAGAAUUCAUCAGACGAAAUUUACACAUCCUUUAUUUGGAGCAUAUGGAUUAACUGGAUGUUUGGGAACAAGAAUUUCAAGACGAUCUGGAGGAACAGAUACCAUCAAUGAAGGAGCACCAUCCGAUGACAAUUUAUCGAAUAGUUUUGGACCCACCUAUCGACAAAUUAUUGAUCACUCAAAUUUGGAAGCAAGUGUAUUUGUGAUACCGAUGGGACAAUCUGGAAACAUUUUUGCCAAGACUUAUGACAAUUAUUUACAAGCUUGGGAAAAUGGCGAAUAUGUGCCCAUGAAAACAAAGGAUUAUUAUGCAAAGGAAACUCUCUCGAUUGUGGAAAAGUAA